GCACGCCGCUGAUUUUCGUCACGUUGAACAAGCAUUGGCUGCCGGGCUCAGGUUCGAUGGAGAGUUUCGAGAGGAUCGGCACUAAAUUCGAUUUGAAGAAGUUUCUGGGGAUCGAAAGAAGUGUUCUCGGUCUUUUGGAGCCGACUGGAGGCGAAGGGGAUUUGAAAUCUUUCGCGAAAUGUAUCGUGGUUAAUGCAGUGAUGAGCAGAAUUUUGGACUCGGUUGUCAGAGCGCAGCUGGUGAGGUUCUCUGGACUGCUGCUGGCCUUCUUGGCAGACAAGUACCCCAACAACGAAGACAUCAAACGCAGCUCGAAUGCUUCCGUAGGCAGACUGCGUGACUUGCACGCCAUUUAUCACUGCCUGCAGCAGAAGCACGGCUUCACCAGCGAAGCCAUUCCCGACAUCUCUUACGUGAUCGAUCACUGCAUUUACCAGGAUCUGAAAAGUUUUCGAAAAGCGGACAAGGGAUUGCUGGAAGCUGUGCGUGGAUACAGCGAAAAGAUGCUGCCGAAGCUUUUCUCAGAACUCACGCAACACGCCCGGGGUUUAUUGGCAUGUUCGGGUCCCGUGACAGAAGUCGUGGCUGAACGCAUUCUGGAACCCCUGCUUGGGUACCAGUUCACGGCGGAAGAAAACAGAGCCCGGGCAGCUGCGGUACUUCCGGCUUUGAUGGACCACUGGGCCGUGCGGAGGUCAUUUGAUCGUUGCAAGUCGCUUUUUGAGCGCGGAGAGACGAUGAAUUUGACAACUGCGCAACAAACGUUGGGCAGGAUUUUCCAGCUGCUGCGAUCUGUUGACGACUCAGUUGCGUCA